UUUCUUCCUGCACAACGGUAUGGAUUUUCAACCCAGCAGGCAACACUAUUUGUUUGCAUGUCAUACAUUUAAAAAAAAAAAUGUUUUCUCUUGUGGGGGCCAGGACCUUUAAUAACUGGACAUGCAAAUAACUUGAGAUAUGAAUCACAGUCUCUUGUACAAUGAUAAACUUCAAGGCUGGACUUUAUUUCAUUCUUCUUUUCCUCCUCAGUGGUCUGCUCUCAUUAGAGCCUGAAGUGAAGACAGUGAGCAAGAAAGAGGGAGAGACCGUCAGUCUACACUCUCAUAUUGCUGGAGAACAGGCUCAGAUACUGUGGAUUUUUCAUUCUGGUAGUUCUAAAAAAACAAUUGCCCAGCUGAUCAGAGGAGAGUUUGCAUCAGACUAUAUUGAGGAAUUUAGAGACAGGCUGCAGCUGGACAGACAGACUUGGUCUCUCAACAUCAGCAACCUCAACAGCAAAGACACAGGAGUUUACCACGUACAAGUCAUUGCCAAUGAAAUUUCAGACCAGAAAUUUAACUUAAUAGUAUAUUCUCCAGUGCCUAAACCUGUCAUCACUCACAUCACUCCGAGGCACUCAGUCAGUCGCUCAGUGUCCAGUGCAGUGUGCAGAAAGAGCUGCUCAGUGCUGUGUUCUGUGAGGAAUGAGAGAGAGGUCGUCCUGUCCUGGCAGAGGGAGGGGGAGACACUAUUCAACACCAGCAGCCCUGAUCUCAACAGCACCCUGUCUCUCCCUCUGGAGACAGAAAACUGCAGUGCUGCCUACACCUGUGUGGCUGAAAACCCAGUCAGUAACCAGACUGUCCCACUCAACACUGAGGAGCUCUGUCUUCUGAGCCCAGAUGCAGGCAAAACAAGGAGUUACAUAUUACCUGCAGUGAUGAUAUCAGUGGUGGUGAUAGCAGUAAUUGGAGCAGUAACAGGAUUUGUUUUUUUCAUUGUAAAACAGCUGAAGUAUAAAAAACUGGAUCACACAGGCAAUUGGAACGUGGACAGAGUGCGUAAUGAAGUACAGUAUGCUAACAUUUGCACAGAAAUGCACUCAAAAAAGACACAACUCCUGGGAGGUGAUCCCGGCAGACUGGACUCAGAGACAAAAACCAAAAUUGUGUAUAAAUUGUGUUGACACAUAUGGAAAUAACUGCACUGGUGCAACCAAAGAGAGACUGGCUGUGUCAAAAGCCAGUAUCCUACGUACCUUACCCCAUAAAUGCUCAAUUUGGUUCAAAUAUGGUGGCUGAGAAGGAUGGAUAACAUCAGUGUCAUGCCCUUCAAACCACUGGGUGACACGGGGGUUGGGGUUUCAUCUCAAAAUGCUCAUUCAAUAGCACUGAGUUACCAUUAACAGUGAGCUUGCCUUCUAAGCAUGAACCAUGACAGGAAUAUCCAUUCCACUUCACAGUGAAACUACCUUGUCUUACACUUAGCUGUCGCUGCCUCCAGAUGCCACUUGCUACUAUAAUUUCUGAUUUGUUCUUUGAAUCAUGCACUUGUAUCCUCACUGUGUAUGGUGGCAUCUGUCAUGUAUGAAGGGACAUUUUAUCAGUAUUUUUGUGAUCAAUAUUAAAAUUAUGUGUUCAUCAAUGCAUGUCUUAAUGUUCUGAAAUAUCCUGUGCUGGGCAUAUCACAGACCAAGGAUGUCCUGGAGGUCUUACUCGCUUAUUAUUAUUCAUGUAAAAUAAUAAAUGGCGUAGCCUCUCCAAACGUCUAAUAAUUUGCUGAUUAACUAAACAUUGUUUUAAAGAAGCUGGGGUUAUAAGGACAUUUUUAGCUUGGUUUAUUAACCAAAGAUGUAGCUUGUAUUGCGAGCAUUCAGGACUGACUUCAGCUUCAGCUGUGACAGGAAAUUAUGAACUGUUAAGAAAGGUGAUUAUGUAGUUUUCUACAUAUUAACCAUUUGGCACUUUUAUCACAGAUGAGCCAGUUAUCAGGCUAAAUAUUAUAAGGAGUAUGAUGCACAAUCCCAGCUGCAGCUGUGGAAGUGAAGCAGAGAAGCUGUUACUGGGCUUUACUGCGACUUUAAAAUUAUCACUCUGCUAUUCCACAAUGGUGGAACAACACGAAUCGCUUGACCAACCAAGGGCAAGCAAAUUUAUCAGCUGACCAACCAGAUAAGAUAUAUGGCAACCAGAUGACAGGCUGCAGUACACAGAAUGAGCAAGAGGCUGGCUGGGCUCCCCAAGUAAAAUAAAAACAAGGGUAACAGCCUACAGUCAGUGACAGCUGCCCUGUUAAUUGGGAACCUCAGCACCCCUUAAAUCUGAGUUAAGUUGUACCACCAGCUUUGCAGAAUCUGAAGUGGACUCCCAAGUUUAAAGGUGUUCUAUUUGCUUGCAUUAGACUCAAAGAAAACCUUGACAUGUGCAUUAUAUGUGUUCUAAUAUACUGUUACAAUUAUUUUGCUCCUCUGUUACAAUUAUACCGACUAGGCUGUAUGAAUGUAAGAUCGGACUACUUGUAUUUUGGUUUAAAUUUGAUUCGAUUAAGUUAUGAAUGUAAUUGAAAUGGGUAAUGACUUGUCAUGGUUCGAUGUUCCUGUUUCUGUUUUUUUCCUUUUUGCGCCGCCAGAUGGUGGCACUUCAGUUUUGUAUUUCUGUUUGUUCCCUCAUUGGUUUCCCCUGUGUUAAUUGUAUUAUUGUUUUCUAUUAUGCAAUCAUUGUUUCUGUUCAUGUCUCGUUAUCCCAUCCCUCACUUGUUUGAUUAUGUAUUGAGUUCACCUGUGUCUGGUUUAUUUAAGUCCUUUGUUUCCCUGACUCGGCUGCUGGUUCCUUGUGUUUCUGAUUGUGUUUCCUCCUGUGAAUUUCUGCCAGUGUGUUUCUGACUAUGUGUUUCUGUCUGUGAGUUCUGCCCUGCCCGAGUUCUGUUUUCCUCAUGUUUUUUGGUUUUUGAAAAUUCUGCUGUUUUUGUUUCUGAAGAACUUUUUGUGUUUUUGGAAGUGCCCUGCCUGGCCUUGUUUUUGUUCCCUGUUUUCUGUUACCUGCAUUAGAUUAAAGUCUUUGAUUGGAUUUGC